AGUUGCUGUUCAAGUGUCGAGUCGUGAAAAUCUUAAAGCGAAACUUACAAAUCGAGCGGGAAUUGUGAAAAAAAGUGUCAAACACCAAGGAAGCAAGGACAUGCAAAAGGAAUAAUUCAAAAUCAAGUUUGUCCAAGCAAAAGAAAUCCUUGAAUCGCAUCAUGGAUCGCGAGGAUUCUACCGUGUCCAAAUCCUCUUUAGACAUGCCCAUGGCUGAGGGCUUGGAACCAACGAAACCUGUGGGCUUUUUUACUCUCUUUCGUUUUUCCACUAAGUGCGAAAUAUUUCUUUUGUUCAUCGGCUUCGUUAUGUCGGCCAUUAAAGCCCUGACCCUGCCGGCAGUGGUGAUCAUCUAUAGUGAAUUUACAGCCAUGUUGGUGGAUCGUACAUAUCGCAUUGGUACCAGUUCUAAGACUUAUGCCUUGCCCAUAUUCGGUGGCGGAAAAACACUCACAAAUGCCUCGAUAGAAAUCAACAAUGAGGAGCUGUAUUACGAUUCCAUAUCGUAUGGCAUUCUACUUACAUUGGCUUCGUUGGUAAUGUUUAUAUCGGGCAUAUUCUCGGUGGAUAUCUUCAAUUUAGUUGCCUUGCGCCAGGUGACUCGUAUGCGCAUGCGUCUUUUCCAAUCGGUGAUGUGUCAGGAUAUUGGAUGGCAUGAUUUGGCCACUAAACAGAAUUUUGCCCAAAACAUGACCGACGAUGUGGAAAAGAUUCGAGAUGGCAUAUCGGAGAAGGUUGGCCACUUCUUGUAUUUGAUGAUUGGUUUUGUCAUUACGGUGGCCAUAUCAUUUGCCUAUGGUUGGAAGUUGACUUUGGCUGUUAGUGUCUAUAUACCCAUUGUGAUUGUACUGAACUACUUUGUGGCCAAGUUCCAAAGCAAACUCACCACCAAGGAACAGGAGUCGUAUGGCAAUGCUGGUAAUCUUGUAGAGGAAAUCUUGAGUGCCAUACGCACUGUGGUGUCUUUUGGGGGCGAGGCUAAGGAAUCCCAAAGAUUUGACAAUUUUUUGAUUCCCGCUCGUAAGGCCAGUCAACGCAAAGGAGCCUUUUCGGGCUUCAGUGAUGGUGUUCUAAAGAGUUUGUUGUUCCUCUCUUGUGCCGGAGCUUUUUGGUAUGGUGUUAAUUUGAUUAUAGAUGAUCGUGACAAAGAGGAUAAGGAUUAUACUCCAGCCAUUUUGAUGAUUGCAUUCUUUGGUAUUAUUAUCGGUGCGGAUAACAUAGCCAGAACAUCUCCCUUCUUGGAAUCAUUUGCCAUGGCUAGAGGUUGUGCCGCUACCAUCUUCAAAGUAAUAGAUUCCGAAUCCAAAAUUGAUCCCAUGUCAACAGAUGGUAAACUCCUCAAUUAUGGUCUAAGGGGUGAUGUGGAAUUUGCCGAUGUCUUCUUCCGCUAUCCCUCGAGGCCGGAUGUUAUAGUACAUCGUGGCUUAAAUAUAAAAAUAAAAUCUGGCACCACAGUUGCCUUGGUGGGCAGUUCGGGUUGUGGCAAAUCCACGUGCAUUCAAUUGCUUCAGAGAUUCUAUGAUCCUGUUUUUGGCUCAAUUCUGCUGGAUGAUUUGGAUAUACGCAAAUACAACAUUAAAUGGUUGCGUUCCAAUAUAGCUGUAGUGGGCCAAGAGCCUGUGCUUUUCAUGGGAACCAUAGCCGAAAACAUUGGGCAUGGCAAAGCAAAGGCUACGCAGAAAGAAAUUGAAAAUGCAGCCAAAGCAGCUGGAAUUCAUGAAUUCAUAUCCCGAUUGCCAGAGAGUUACAAGACCAUGAUCGGUGAACGAGGCUCCCAGCUUUCCGGCGGCCAGAAGCAGAGAAUAGCCAUUGCCCGUGCUCUCAUACAAAAUCCGAAAAUUUUACUUUUGGAUGAAGCUACCUCCGCCCUGGAUUAUCAAUCAGAGAAAUUGGUUCAAGAAGCUUUGGACUUGGUCUCGAAAGGUCGCACCACCAUUGUGGUAUCUCAUCGUCUUUCUGCCAUACGUGGUGCCGAUAAAAUUGUCUUCAUUCAUGAGGGUAAAGUAAUUGAGGAGGGUUCCCACGACGACCUUAUGGCAUUGGAGGGGGCCUACUACCAUAUGGUCAAGGCAGGGGAGAUAAAUGUUCCAGAACCCGAAAACAUGGAAGAUGUGGAUGAAGCCAAACGAAAAAGCUUAGCCAUCUAUGAGAAAUCUUUCGAGACGAACCCCGUCAAUUUAGAGAAAAAUCAUAAAAAUAGUUUUCAACUAGAGGAAAUCGAUUUAAAAGGUAAUGCACCCAUAACUGCCCCAAAAAGCAACGCUGAUCCAGAGCCGGAAGUGAGGCCCAAUUUCUUUCAAACAUUUGGCCGCAUUCUAAAGAUUGCACGUCCCGAAUGGUGCUACUUGGUUAUGGGCAGUAUAUGUGCCAUUGGUUUUGGUUUCACCUAUCCAGGUUUCUCAAUAGCAUUCGGUGAAUUCUAUGCCGCCUUGGCCGAGGAAGAUCCGCAAAAAGCCCUAGACCGAACAGCCAUUUUGUCUAUUUGCUGUCUAGUCAUAGGUAUUUUAACUGGGCUGGCUUGUUUCCUGCAAACUUAUCUCUUCAACUAUGCUGGCGUUUGGUUAACCACUCGCGUGCGUUCUAUGACGUUCAAGUCAAUUAUGCGCCAAGAAAUGGCCUGGUUUGAUAAUGAGUCGAAUUCGGUGGGAGCUUUAUCAGCUCGUCUCUCAGGUGAUGCUGCCGGAGUUCAAGGAGCCAUUGGAUAUCCCUUGAGUGGUUUGAUUCAAGCAUUCUCAAAUUUCGUGGUAAGUUUGUCCGUAUCCUUCUUUUACUCCUGGAAAUUGGCCUUGGUGUGUGUAUGUGCCUGUCCCGUAAUAGUGGGAUCUGUGAUAUUUGAAGCCAAGUUUAUGACCACAUCCAUGAUACGAGAAAAAAUGGUGCUGGAAGAGGCCUGUCGCAUUGCUACUGAGGCCAUAACCAACAUCAGAACCGUAGCUGGACUGCGAAGGGAGCAGCAAGUCAUUGAUAAAUACAACAAGGAAAUAAAGAAUGUGGAAAAACUUAUACGGCAUAAACUUAAAUAUAGAGGUCUUAUAAAUUCCUCGGGACAGGCGUUCUUAUUCUUUGCCUAUGCUGCAGCCCUGUGCUAUGGUGGUGUUUUGGUAUCCCGAAGUGAUGUGGAAUUCCAGGACAUUAUCAAAGUUUCAGAAACAUUGUUGUAUGGUUCCAUGAUGUUGGCCCAAUCAUUGGCCUUUGCUCCGGCCUUCACUGCUGCCUUAGUGGCUAGCUAUAGAAUAUUCCAGAUACUUGAUCGAAAGCCCAAGAUCACCAACUCAGUUAUGCCGGCUAAGAAUACCUUCGCAAAACAGUUGAAUCUAUUCGAAGGCGUUCGUUAUAGAGAUAUUGAAUUCAGAUAUCCCUCACGUCUGGAUGUUAAGGUUUUAAAUGGCUUGAAUUUAGAGGUGCUAUUUGGAAAAACUGUGGCCUUAGUGGGUAAUUCGGGAUGUGGCAAAUCGACGUGCAUCCAACUACUGCAACGAUUUUAUGAUCCUGACAACGGUUCAAUUCACAUUAACAACGAUGACAUUCAAGCCGAUCUUAGUCUGGAUAAUCUACGCAGCAAAAUAGGUACUGUGUCACAGGAACCUUCGUUAUUCGAACGUAGCAUAGCGGAAAAUAUCGCCUAUGGCGACAAUUCUAGAGAUGUAACAAUGUCCGAAAUUAUUGCUGCCGCUAAAAGUGCCAACGCCCACUCAUUUAUUAUGGGACUCCCCAAUGGUUAUGAUACAAAAAUGGGUGGUCGCGGCACACAACUGUCGGGUGGACAGAAGCAAAGAAUUGCCAUUGCCCGAGCACUGGUGCGCAAUCCCAAAGUGUUGCUACUCGACGAAGCUACCUCAGCCUUGGACUUACAAAGCGAACAACUAGUGCAACAAGCUCUGGAUGUGGCAUGCGCUGGCCGAACUUGCAUAAUCAUCGCCCAUAGAUUGUCCACCGUACAAAAUGCCGAUUUAAUAUGCGUGGUCCAAAACGGGCGCAUUAUUGAGCACGGCACACAUCAUCAGUUGAUGGCCAAGGAUGGUCAUUAUGCCAAAUUGCACAAGACUCAGAAGGAUCAUUAGAAUAUUGUUGCAUUGAUAUCUCUUGUUUCCUCUCCAUACUAAUUUACCUUUUUAUUAUCAUUAUUAUAUAAGAACAGCCAUAUUCUACUACUGAA